AUGGAUAGAAAUGCCGCUCGCCGCAAAAAGUAUGCAGAAAUGCCACCACUGAAAAAAAAACAACUUCUGCAACGACGAAGAGAGAACAGAUCUGCCAAGAAAAAAGAUGCACGUUUACUGCCACGUAUUCGCAAGGUUCCUCUGGGUUAUAUAGAAUCAGGUGUUUGUUUCCCUGAUUCGCAUCCUGAAAAAUUCGAUGGUGCGAAUGACCCUUCUAUGCAUAGUGAAAUCUUAGGAACCGAAGCGUUAAAGACCGAUCAUAACAGUGUUGUUACUGAGGCAUUGCAAUAUAUGUCUUCUCGUGAGUCUGCUUCUUUUGUUCCGCGUGUUCAUUUUGCUUCUACUACUCAGAUAGCAAACGACAUGCCGAAUGCAAGUGUUCUUGCAGAGUCUCCGCUUGCUGCUAAGGCUGAUCUUACGAACUGCAAAGGAAAAUUCCUUCCAGAAAAAAGAAAAAAUUUGACCCUUUCUUCUCCUUCUGUUGAAUCUGAUUUCUGCCUGCCUAGGAGGAAAAUUAGUAACUCUGUGCCUGUGGCGUUACAUGAACGACCAAGCAAUUGCUUUGCUCGUUCUCGAAGCGUUAUCCAAGAUGUUAACUCUGCCAAAGAGGAUUUGCUUAUGAACGGUCUUUUUGAAAAUUCAAUAGAAUACUGCUCUUCUGACCAUGUUUCUGUGAAGUCUGAAAAAUUUUAUCCCCUCAGAGCUACUGUUCAUGCGGAUCCAUUUCUACAGCAAAAAAAUGCAUCUGUUGAGAAGCAAACUUUUAUGCUUAGAUCUGCUUGCUCUGUUCCUGUGAUGUCCAUUGACAGGACCACCGGUUCUUCUCAUCUUUUUGAAAACGUUAUUAACUAUUCUCCUUUGGCCAAAGUUUAUAUACAAUCUGGUCAUCCACGGUUUUCUUCUGCUUAUGAGCAGCAAAAACUUCAUUUUGAAAAAAUUGUAUCAUCCUCUGAGAACCCAGCUUUCGAUCCAGCUUCUACAUCUGGAGAAACCACCUCUAUUCAGGUCAGCCGCCCUACCGAUCCUAUUGAAAAAAAUGAUUCAGCCGUGACUGCAACAGAAAAUGCACACUUUUCUGCCUUCUCAUCUAAAACACGGCCUUUUACUCGAGCACCUUCUUCUCGUCGUCGUGUGAGGAAGCAGACUCCGGCUGCACCUAAAAGGGGGAGGCAGCAACGCAUUUUUCCAAUCACUGAAAUCCCACAAGAAGCUUUGACUCUUCCAGACGCUCCUGAUUGUGAGCACUGUGGAGCCAAGAGGUUCCAUUUAGAACCUCCUAACUUUUGCUGCUCUGGAGGAGAGAUUUCUAUUGUGGCUCCAUCUAUGCCUUAUGAUCUUAAACGCCUAUUUAUCGAAAAUGAUGAGGAAAGCGCUCAUUUUAGGAAUAAUGUUAGGACCUAUAAUAACAACUUGGGCUUCACAUCCUUCGCUGCAAGAUAUGAUCCAGAGCUGACCAAGAACACAAAAGGUGUUUACACUUUCCGUGUUCAAGGUCAGGUCUACCAUUUUCUUAAUGGUUUACUACAGUCAAGCGAAAAACCUUCUGGAAUUCAGUUUUACUUUUUUGAUUCUGAUGAAGAAUUAGCAAAAAGAGUUGGAAGUUCUGAUAAGUUGCGUGGAGGCGUUUUAAAAUUACUUAUGCGUAUCCUGUCCAACAAUCCUUAUGCCAAAUUCUUUAAGAAUCUCAGAAAUGUCCCGAACAUUGACAACUAUAGGAUUGUUUUGAAUUGCUAUCCUGGUUUGGACCAGCGCGUCUAUAACCUACCUACAGCCUCUCAAGUUGCUGCCAUAUGGACUGAGGAUGACGAUGAAUCAGCGGAUAGGAAUGUCCAUAUUCAAGUUUAUACUCACUCUAAUACCAGCCAUAGAAUUAAGCAUUACUAUGGCUGUUAUGAUCCUUUACAAUACCCUAUUCUCUUCCCUCAAGGUGAAUGUGGAUGGCACCAUGGUGUUAAGAAACUUCACAAGAGGAAGAGAAAUGCAGAUUCCUGUGAAGCUGAUUUCAGCGUUGAUCCUUCCACUGUUGAUGACCCUUCACUUUUACUAGAUUUGGAACGUAGAGCCGUUGACCAUGGAAAGAGUGAAGAGGACACUGUAUCGGCAAGAGAGUAUUAUUGUUAUAGGUUUCAAAUAAGGGAAAACGAUGAGUCGAUGUUACUGCACUGUCUCAGACUUCUACAACAAUUUUCGGUUGAUUCCUAUGUGAAGAUAGAAACUUCUAGGCUGGACUUUCAUAGGCACCGACAAAAUGUAGUUAGAUCAGAAAUUCUUCAAGGGGUAUUGGACAGUGUCUCUCUAGGCCAGGCUGAAGGUUCUAAAGUUGGACGUAGGAUAGUGCUACCUGCUUCGUUUAUUGGUGGUCCUAGGGACAUGAGGCGCCGCUAUCUUGAUGCAAUGGCACUCGUACAAAAGUACGGAAAACCAGACAUUUUUCUUACCAUGACCUGCAAUCCGGCAUGGAAAGAAAUUCAGUGCAACCUGAAGUAUCAUGAAAAGCCUCAAGAUAGGCCUGAUCUUUUAGCUAGAGUUUUUAGAGCUAAAUUCGAUAUGCUUAAGCAUGAGCUCUUGAAUAAACAGAUUUUUGGUGAAGUAGCAGCCUGCGUGUAUGUCAUUGAAUUUCAAAAGCGGGGAUUUCCACACGCUCAUUUGUUACUCAUUUUAAAGCCUCAAUUUAAGCUGCUCAAUCCGGAAUCUUAUGACAAGGUAGUCUGCGCUGAAUUACCUGAUCCGCUUCAAUAUCCUCACCUCUACUCUCUUGUUGUAAAACAUAUGCUCCACGGUCCCUGUGGCGAUAUGGAUAAAAGUUGCCCUUGUAUGAAAGAUGGUUCUUGCAAGAGUCAUUAUCCAAAAAAUUUCUGCCCUCAUACAACCCAUGGUGAAGAUAGCUAUCCAUAUUAUAGAAGAAGGGAUGAUGGCAGGAAAGUGAAAGUUCGCAGAUUCACUCUUGAUAAUAGGUGGGUUGUGCCUUACAGUCCCUAUCUCCUUGCUUUAUUCGAUUGUCACAUGAACGUGGAGAUUUGUUCUACCAUUAAAUUGGUCAAGUACUUGUAUAAAUAUGUGUUCAAGGGGCAUGAUCUGGUUUGCUUUAGAAUUAUGGCAGAUGAUAGUGCUACUGAUAUUGAUGAGAUUAAAGAAUUCCAAAAGGGUCGAUACAUCUCGCCUCCGGAAGCAUUUUGGCGCAUCUAUGAGUUCCGUUUAAACGAGAUGACCCCAUCUGUUUAUACUCUCCAGGUUCAUCUUCCAAAUCAACAGUUUGUUUCUUUCCCGAAGAACUCGGACUUGCUGCAAUUGUUAGCUAAAGUAGAUUUUUCUAAAACCAUGCUGACUGAGUUCUUCAAAAUGAAUGCGACCAACGCAGCUGCUGAGAACCUUAAAUGCUUUUAUAAAGAUUUUCCUCAGCAUUUCGUUUGGUCUUCUAAGUAUAGACACUGGACAGAAAGGAAGCGUCGAAAGGUGAUAGGUAGACUCGUCAGUGUUAGUCCACGAGAGGGAGAACGGUACUAUCUGAGGCUGCUCUUAAAUCAUAUUCCAGCACCGAUAUCAUUCGAUGAUCUCUUGACUGUUAAUGCUAAAAAAAUGAAGUCGUUUAGAGAGGCUGCUCUGGCACUUGGGUUGCUGCAAUCUGAUACGUACAUAGAAGAAACGCUUGAGAAAGCUGCUACAUUUCAAAUGCCGUCUUCACUCAGAUUAUUAUUUGCAACUCUUCUUGUCUAUUGUUCUCCAACUGAUCCAGCGAUGUUAUGGAGAAAAUUUGAAUUGGACUUUACUAGAGAUUAUGAACGGCAAAAACAAUAUCAUGCCUACUCUCCCGCUCAGAUUAGGGGAUUGGUUCUAGCUGAUAUUAACAAAUCACUUCAGCAGAUGGGUACAUCCAUUGCUGCCUAUCAGUUGCCAUUAGAUGACCUUGUUAGUGUGGAUCAUGUUCAUUUGACAAAGGAGAUAGAAGCUGAGAAAAACAUAGACAUACCGCCAGAAGAUCUAUUGAUGUCUUUGCAACUAAAUGUCCAGCAAAAAUAUGCUUAUGACACCAUCUUACAGACGUGCUUUGCUUCCCAAGGGCAUUCAUUUUUUAUUGAUGGUCCUGGUGGUACCGGCAAAACCUUUUUAUACCGGUCGCUGCUUGCUACUUUGAGGUCACAAGGUUAUAUAGCCAUUGCAGUAGCAACCUCUGGAAUUGCAGCGUCUAUCCUGCCUGGAGGAAGAACUGCACACUCAAGGUUCAAGAUACCUCUUGACUUCUCAAAGAACAGAACCUGCCAGCUUAGCAAACAAGGCAGUGUUGCAAGGCUGCUCUCGGAGUCAAAACUGAUCUUGUGGGAUGAGGCUUCCAUGGCAAAACGAGAAACUAUUGAGGCAUUUGAUGAUUUGCUUAGAGAUAUCAUGGAAUCUGAACUGCCUUUUGGGGGUAAGGUUGUUGUGUUUGGUGGGGAUUUUCGCCAGACGCUGCCUGUUAUUGAGCAAGCAACAAAGGAAAUCCUUUUGCAGUCGUGUUUUCUCAAUUCUCCAUUGUGGUAUAAACUUCAUAAACUGAAGUUGACGGAAAACAUGCGAGCUAUAUUAGAUCCUCAGUUCUCCGAAUUCUUGUUAAGAGUUGGCGAAGGGCAUGAACUUGUGGACUUCAACGGUGAAAUAACUUUGCCUAAAGAUUUAGUUAUUCCUUAUUACGAUAAAGAAGAGUCCUUAAACAGGUUGCUACAAUCUGUAUUCCCAGAUUUAGCUCUCUAUUCCUUGGAUCCAUAUAGGAUGAUUAACAGGUGUAUUCUUACCCCUAAAAAUAGCUCAGUUGAUGAGCUAAAUGAUAUACUAAUUAAAAGGUUCCCUGGAGAGCUGCACACUUUCAUUAGCUCUGACAAAACUGUUGACCAGCGGCACCAGGGGGAUUAUGAGGAUUUUCUUAAUUCUCAGAAUCCAAAAGGCCUUCCUCCUCACAGGUUAAUGUUAAAAGAAAAUUGUCCGAUUAUACUGAUAAGGAAUCUAAAUCCUGUUGAAGGCCUGUGCAACGGCACAAGGCUUAUAUGUAGAGAGCUUGGCCGGCAUACUAUCUCCGCUGAAAUUGUCUUCGGCCAGCAUAAAGGAAAGAGGGUUCUCAUUCCAAAGAUACCCUUACAAACUCCCGACAGCCAGAAGAAUUCUAUUGCAUUUAUAAGAACUCAGUUUCCUGUUCGACUCUGUUUUGCGCUGACCAUUAAUAAAUCUCAGGGACAAACUCUCGAUUACGUUGGCAUUUACUUGAGAGAACCUGUCUUUUCUCAUGGACAGUUAUAUGUAGCCUUGUCCAGAGUUAGAACUUCGGCUGAGCUGAAAAUACUUAUUGUACCAGGAACUUUUGAUGGUAUAAAAACGGACUGCAAAACUAGAAAUGUUGUGUUCGGUGAAGUUUUUGAAUUGAGCCAGCAGUAG